AUGCCUCUACGUCUUGAUCCCGUGAAAGUUGCCCAGGUGCGGAGUGAGCGCGUCAAGGGUGUAGAGCUACACUCGCGAGAGCCGUGGGUGCUGGUGGCCCUCUACACCGGCCAGGUGCUGAUCUUCGACUACGAUCGCUGUGUUGCGUUGAAGCAGUUCGAAGUGUCAGACCAGCCGGUGCGUUGUGCGCGCUUCGUGGAGCGGAAGAACUGGGUUAUCGCCGCCGCAGAUGAUCUCUACGUUCGUGUCUAUAACUACAACACCAUGGAAAAAGUGUGCGAGUUUGAAGCGCAUCAGGACUAUGUGCGUUCGAUAGCUGUGCACCCGACUCGCCCUCUGCUCCUGACAGCUUCCGACGACAUGGCUAUCAAACUGUGGGACUGGGAGAGAAACUGGAACUGCACGAUGGUAUUCGAGGGUCACUCGCACUACGUUAUGCAGGUGGUGUUCAACCCCAAGGAUCCGAACACGUUCGCCUCAGCGUCACUCGACUGCACCGUGAAAAUCUGGAGUCUGUCGAGCCCAGUUCCGAACAUGUCGCUUGAGGGUCACCGCAAGGGCGUCAACAGUGUCGACUACUACCCGGGUAACGACAAACCGUUCCUGAUCAGUGGCGGCGACGAUGAGCGCGCGAUCGUCUGGGAUAUGCAGACAAGGACCCCGGCACAGGAACUCGUUGGCCACACGGCGAAUGUCAGUGCUGUACAGUUUCACCCGGUGCGUCCACUGAUACUCACCGCCAGCGAGGAUGGCACCGUUCGUGUGUGGAACAGCAACACCUACCGUCUAGAGACGAUGCUGUCGUACGGCUUUGAGCGCUGCUGGAGCCUGGCUUGUCUCAGAUCGAGCAGCGUCAUCGCCAUCGGCUGUGACCUCGGGACGAUCGUCGUGCGCAUCGGAAAGGACGAGCCCGUUUACAGCAUGGAUCAGAGUGGAAAAGUGGUUUUCGCAAAAAACAACGAGAUAUUCUUCGUAGCGCUGCGUCAAGCACAACUGGAUCAGGUAGCGGAUGGUGCGCGCGUUUCGGCACCGUUGAAGGAGAUGGGUACCACGGAAAUCUACCCGCAACGAAUCAGUCAUUCACCGAACGGCCGUUUCAUUGCAGUUUGCGGCGAUGGCGAGUACAUGAUCUAUACGGCGUUGGCAUGGCGUAACAAAUCGUUUGGCACCGGAGACGAGCUUGUCUGGGAUAAUGGCCCGGGAGAGUAUGCCGUCCGUGAAGGCAACGCCCGGGUGCACGUCUUCAAUCGAAUGCAGAAGGAACGGGCGGUCAUUCGCGCACCUUUUCCGAUCAAAGCGAUUUACGGUGGACCGCUGCUCGGCCUUGGCGGUGAGGAUUGUAUCUGCUUCUACGACUGGGCUUCGUUACAAAUCGUCCAGCGUAUUGACGUAGCUGCAACGAACGUGCUAUGGUCCGACACAGCCGAUCUGCUUGCGAUUAUAACAUCAGAUAGCUUUUUCGUCGUUCGCUACAAUAGAUCCACAGUGGAUGCAGCUCUAGAAGCGAGUCAGGGAGUGCUUGGCGCGGACGGCGUAGACGACGCAUUCUCUGUGCUCCAUGAGCAGGCCGAUCGCAUUGGUACGGGUCGUUGGAGCGGGGAAUGCUUUGUCUUCUGCACACAUAGCGGGCGUCUGGCGUUCCUCGUGGGGACCGAAUCCACGACCAUCGCGCACCUGGAUAGACAGCUGUACCUCAUGGGCUAUCUGCCGACGGACAAUCGCGUGUACCUGGUCGAUCGUGACCUCCAGAUUAUCUCAUAUGCUUUGCUCGCCAGCAUUGUGCAGUUUAAGUCCUACAUCCAGAAAGGCAUGCUCAGGGAAGCGCUCGACCUGCUCCAGUCAAUACCGCACGCCGAGCACAAUCGUCUCGCCCAGUCCCUUGAGAGAGCCGGAUACAAGCAGGCAGCGCUGGAGGUUGCCACGGAUACCGACUAUCGCUUUGAGUUGGCCUUGACUCUGAACAAACUGGAUCUUGCACGUUCCAUUGCGGAGCAAGCACCCAGUGAGACUCGUUGGCGCCAGCUCUCCGAAGCUGCAAUGGCCAACAAUGAUCUCCCACUGGCCGAAAUUUGCAUGCGAAACGCCCACGAUGCCAGCAGUUUACUGUUGUUGCAGGUAGCGCGCGGCGAUGCCGCCGGCCUCCGCGACGUUGCCUCGAUUGCGCUCAGGGCAGGCGAAUCGAAUACGGCAUUUUUGGCGAAGCUGCUCCUGCACGAUCGACAAGGCUGCUUGGACAUCCUCAUUCAGAGUCAGCGAUUUCCAGAGGCUGCGCUGUUUGCUCGCAGUUUUAUACCGUCCAAGCUUGCCGAGACUGUCCAGUUAUGGAAGAAAUGGCUCCGUUCCAAGGGUGAGGAUCGCGCAGCCGAGCGCCUGGUAGAUCCGGCGUUGCAUCCUGAACGCUUUCCAGGCGUACCGCGCUCUCCACUGGCCGAUCACGGAUUGGCCGAUGCCAGAAACGGAACCAACAGCGUCUCAGAUGAAAAGACCGAGGCGAACAAGCGGACACAAGUCAACCUGGUCUCCGAUCUACCCGACGUAUCUCAACUCGCCCUGGACCCUGGUUCACCUGUCGUGAGCAGCACUGGCACGGCAGACGCGCAGCGUCAAAGUACGGAUGAUGAGCUGGGGCGCUCUCCAGCGAGUGCGGGUCCGAGCUCUCUCGAGGUUGCGCGAACGCGGUCCGUUUCGCAUGAUAGCAACUGGGAUGUCGACUUUUGA